GGUGAAUAAUACAAUCAGGGUAAUGAGCGAAAGAGAUGAACUUGUAGAUUGUAUAAGCAUAAAGAAUCGUGGAUUCAGUCUUUUCCGGUUUCAUUGAAGACAAAAUAACAUCUCACAGUGAUGGCUUCGAAAUCUUUUAUGGAUGUGGUAAAGGAUAUGAGAAGAGCGUCAAAUUUCCGUAGAGCUUCAGUAUAUAAUGAAGAUUUUCUGAUAACUCGUUUACCAGAGAAAAUUAUGUUACAAAUCUUCUCGCAUCUUACCCAUCCGGAACUAUGCAAUAUAGCACGUGUAUGCAAAAUGUGGCGGCGCUUAGCAUACGACCAGUCAUUGUGGCAGUCACUUAACUUAAGACCUGAAUAUGGUGGGAUAUUUGUGAAAUCAAUUGAUGAACUGCUGAACCUAAUUCACCAUCGAUCUGGAAGUGGUUUAAGACGUAUUGAAUUGUCCAGUGACUUAGUUACUAUACCAGUUUUAGAAGAACUCGGAAAUCGAUGUCCAAAUCUUCGUUAUUUAACUCUGGAUUUUAGCAAUGCUAUGCAACUGCAUGACUUUAAUGAACUGGCUGCAUUUCCUUCAUCAAUUAAAUAUCUAUGCAUUUGUUUAAGUGAUGUCAUAUUCAUGGAGGGUUUAAUGAGGAAAAUAUAUCCUUGUUUAUCAGCUGUUGAAGUCUUACAUUUAAUUGGUACAUUUGAAUUAGCUACAGAAGAAGAGGAAGAAAUAUAUGAAGUGAUUAAUAUUAGCAAAAUCAAAGCACAUACACCAAAUUUACGAGUGGUCAACCUAUUUGGCAUCAAUUUUAUCGAAGAUAGUCAUGUGGAAUUGUUAGCUAGCAACUGUAUUCAUUUAGAGUGUGUUGCUCUAAACUUUUGUUUAAAUGUAAAAGGGUCAUCAUUUACCCUAUUGUUUGCCAACUGUAAAAAAGUUAAAACAUUACUACUUGAACAUUGUGGUCUUCGAGAUGAAUAUAUGAUGGCCGCACCAUGGGAAACUUCUAGCAUUUGUGAACUUGAUAUUACAUCUACAGAAUUAUCUGCAGAAUGCCUUGAAAAUUUCUUGACACGUAUACCAUAUUUCACUUACUUGGCUGCUGGACAUACAGAUUUCUUUACUGAUCACAUAUUAAAUACGCUUUGUGAAAUAGGUAAAUUUAAACAAGUCAAGGCUAUUGACUUGAGUCAUACGCCAGCACUGAGUGAACAGUCAGUAACAAAUUUUCUAAAACUUUACGGUCAUCAGUUACAUGGUCUUAUGUUACAUGGGAAAGCUGCCUUGGCUGAAUACUUUUGGACAACAGUUAUUCCAUAUCUUGGAGCAAUAAAGGUAUGUGUACUUGGUGCAUCGCAUGGUUGGUUUUUCAAAUACAACACAAGAGUACACAUUGAUAAAGUUCUUGAAAGUUUUGCUGGAUGCUGCCCUAACUUGGAAGCUUUAGAAAUACAGUGGGAUCCAGAUACCAUUCGUUUCAGUGAUAAAAGUAGAAAAUUCAUAGAUCGAAUAAGAAUCAAAUGUCCUCGACUGAAGUCUUUAACCCUUAGUGAUGGGAAAUAUUAUGAAAUGGUUAAAGGGAACUUUGAAAGAGCAGAAUGCCCACGUGUUGUACGCACUACAACCACAUAUAAUACGAGUAUUAUCAGUUUACUGCGACGUUAUAAAGAUUUGAGGUUUAACUAGCUUUGAAGUAUUAUAUAUAAUAUAUAUAUAUAUAUAUAUUUUAUAAAGUAUCGUGAAAAGUGGAAGAAAACAAUCAAGUGAGUUAGUUUUUUAAAGGCGAUUAUAAGUUUCAGUUUGUUUGACAAAAUUAUAAACUGUUAUCAGAGUAAUGCAUUGAUCACUGACCAAACAAAAAGUGGGCCGCGGCAUUUAAAUGUAUUCAUUAUUCUACCGAAAUGUUGGACUGAUACUUUAGGAUAUCUAUAUACAUGUAAACUGAGAUAUUUCUUACAUAACACUAUUCUGUGUUUCGUUCUUCAUGAAACGUGGGAUUAUCUUAUGUAUUUUUCAGAAAAAGAAUAUGUAUUGCCAAAUUUUUUAUAGGAAUAAUUUUUAAUUUAAUUCCAAACUUUUUGAAUGUAGCUUGGCAUAACUAAGAGCUAAAAACUUUCUUUUUCGUACAUUAUAUGAGUAGAUAGAAUAAAUGUGAUCAAACUAUGUAAAUGACAAGGAAUAAGAGAAUUGUAGCCUUUUUCUUAUGUAGUUAUUUUAUGAUAAUAAAUAAAUGUGUUUUAUGCAAAA